UAUAUAUGAUUUUCUUUAUUUUUGUGCUACAAUAAUUUUGCAAUGUACUUUUCGGACUAAAAUACAACAAUGAUAUGGCAUUGAAAUGGUUUGAAAAAGGCGCAAUAAAAGUGAUCAAAUUUAUUGGAGGAUCAAUGAUACGGUAGAUAAAGAGAACAAUACUCCGAAUUUCGGACAAAACACAACACUUCGCUGGCUUGUUUUAUUACGACGCACACAACUCUUGACAGCAGCGGCUGUCAGUUUUCGAAUUUAAACGGAACUGUGCAUCGCUAGAGAAAAGAGGCAGACAUUUUGCGAUAAGUUGUUUUAUUGAUUUUUGUUUGUUUUUCCGUUUUUUUGUUAUUUGUAAUUUAAUCGUAAUUGUAUUAUAUAUAUAGUUUUUGUUAUAGUAGAUAGUUGUUGCAUUUUUGUACUUAGCAUAAUAUUAAAAAUGAGUGAAAUUGAUUCGGUGCGCGUAGCAUUAAGAGUGCGACCAUUGGUUCACACUGAAAUCGAAAGAGGAUGUCAAGUGGCGGUUAAGCGUACUGCACCUGGCGAACAGCAAGUUGCAGUAAAUAAGAACGACUUGUUCACUUUUAAUUACGUAUUCGAUCAAGACAGUACACAAGAGGAGGUUUACAGUGCAUCCGUAUGUGAAAUGCUUGAUAAACUAUUUUCUGGUUUCAAUGCAACAAUAUUGGCGUAUGGACAAACUGGCUCCGGUAAAACUCAUACAAUGGGCACAACUUAUGACGGUGCCUUCAAUGAACACAUUGGCGUUAUACCGCGUGCAAUGCAUGAUAUAUUCAAACGUAUAGAGGAACUAGGAGAAUCGCACCAAUUUGUAGUGAAAUGUUCAUUCGUGGAGCUUUAUCAAGAGCAAUUAUUUGAUUUAUUAUCGAGUAAACCAAGAGAGCAGAGCACAGUAGAGUUGCGCGAAGAUCGUACUGGCAUUAUAAUGCAAGAUUUGACUGAUGUAGUGGUGCGAACGGCUACUGAAACAACUGCCUGUCUUAUGCGUGGUUCCAUAGGCAGAGCUGUAGCGUCCACUGCCAUGAACUCGCAGUCAUCGCGUUCGCAUGCUAUCUUUACGGUUACAAUUCAGGCCACCAAAAAAGAUACACUCACAAGCAUGACUACGUCUAAGUUUCAUUUGGUGGAUUUGGCUGGUUCCGAGCGAUCAAAAAAGACGAAAACUACAGGCGACCGCUUCAAGGAAGGUGUUAAAAUCAAUCAAGGUCUAUUGGCGCUUGGGAACGUUAUUUCGGCUUUGGGAU